AUGGGCCGCCCGCCGCCGCCGCCGAUGCUGCUCCUCCCGCUCAGGCUGCUGCUCCUCCUGCUCCUCCUCCUGCUGCUCGGCCACACGCACCGCGGCGGCCCAGGGGCCAAGCCGUGCGACGACAGCCAGUUCCAGUGCCGGAACGAGCGGUGCAUCCCCGCCGUGUGGAAGUGCGACGAGGACGACGACUGCUCGGACAACAGCGACGAGGAGGACUGCCCCAAGAAGAUUUGCACGGAGACAGACUUCACCUGCAGGAAUGGCCACUGCAUCCCCAGCCGGUGGAAGUGCGACGGGGAGGAGGAGUGUCCCGACGGCUCGGAUGAGUCCGACCCCGCCUGCGCCAAGCAGGUGUGUCCAGCCGAGAAACUGAGCUGCGGCGGCAACCGCAACAAGUGCAUCCCGGCUUCGUGGCGGUGCGACGGCGAGAAGGACUGCGAGAACGGGCUGGACGAGGCCGGCUGCUCGGCCGGCUGCAGCCCCGGCGAGUUCCAGUGCAGCAACCGCAGCUGCAUCGCCCGCGUGUUCGUGUGCGACGGCGACGACGACUGCGGGGACGGCAGCGACGAGCGCAGCUGCCCGGGCCGCACGUGCGGCCCCCGCGAGUUCCGCUGCGGCGACGGCGCCUGCGUCCCCGAGCGCUGGCUGUGCGACCGGCAGGUGGACUGCGAGGACCGGUCGGACGAGGCGGCCCAGCGCUGCGGGGGCCCGGCGGGCCUCCCGGCCCCCGCCACCUGCGCCGCCCACGAGGUGCCCUGCGGCGGCGGCCAGUGCAUCCACCUCAGCUGGCUGUGCGACGGCGACCACGACUGCAAGGACAAGUCCGACGAAGCCAACUGCCCCCUGCGGACCUGCCGCCCGGAUGAGUUCCUCUGCGGGGACGGGAGCUGCGUGCCCAGGGCUAAACGCUGCAACCAGGAGCGCGACUGCCCCGACGCCAGCGACGAGGCCGCCUGCCUGAAGGAGUCCGCCUGCGCCCGGCCCACGGACUUCCAGUGUAGGAGCGGCGAGUGCAUCGACGGCAGCCGGGUCUGCGACACGCACGGAGACUGCCGGGACUGGUCUGACGAGCCCAUGAAAGAGUGCGGCUUGAACGAGUGCUCCCUCAACAACGGAGGCUGUUCCCACAUCUGCAAAGACCUGCGCAUCGGCUACGCCUGCGAAUGCCCGCCCGGCUACCAGCUGCUGGACAAGAAGACGUGCGGAGACAUCGACGAGUGUGAGAGCCCCGACGCCUGCAGCCAGAUCUGCGUCAACUACAAGGGCGACUACAAGUGCGAAUGCCACGAGGGCUACGAGAUGGACGCCGUGACCAGGACCUGCAAAGCCGUCGGCAAGAGCCCCUCCCUGAUCUUCACGAACCGUCACGAGGUCCGCAAGAUCGACCUGGCGAAGCGGGACCACUCCCGCCUCAUCCCCGUCCUCAAGAACGUGGUGGCCCUGGACGUCCAGGUGGCCACCAACAGGAUCUACUGGUGCGACCUCUUCUACCGUAAGAUGUACAGCGCCUACCUCGACAAAGCCAGUGACCCCGGAGAGCACGUGGUCCUGAUCGACAGCCAGCUGCACUCCCCCGAGGGCCUGGCCGUGGACUGGAUCCACCGGAACCUGUACUGGACGGACUCCGGCAACAAAACCAUCUCCGUGGCCACGGCCGACGGGAGCCGAAGGAAAACCCUCUUCAGCAGCAGCCUGAGCGAGCCCCGGGCCAUCGCCGUGGACCCCAUCCGGGGGUACAUGUACUGGUCGGACUGGGGCGACGAAGCCAAGAUCGAAAAGUCGGGGCUCAACGGGGCGGACCGUCAGGUGCUGGUUCUGGACAACAUCGCGUGGCCCAACGGCAUCACCCUGGAUCUGCUGAGCCAACGUCUCUACUGGGUGGACUCCAAGCUGCACCUCCUGUCCAGCAUCGACUUCAACGGGGGCAACAGGAAAGUCCUCAUUUUCUCCGUGGACUACCUAAGCCACCCGUUUGGGAUAGCGGUGUUUGAGGACAAGGUGUUCUGGACGGACCUGGAGAACGAGGCCAUCUUCAGUGCCAACCGGCUCAACGGGCUGGGCGUCACCGUCCUGGCCGAGAACCUCAACAACCCGCAUGACAUUGUUAUCUUCCAUGAGCUGAAGCAGCCGAAAGCCCCGGAUGCUUGCGAUCUGAGCUCCCAGACGAAUGGGGGCUGUGAGUACCUGUGUCUCCCGGCCCCCCAGGUCUCCAGCGGCUCCCCAAAAUACACCUGCGCGUGCCCCGACGGCCUGUGGCUGGGGCCGGACAGGAAGAGGUGCUACAGAGUGGCUCCUGCCGCCCCCGCUGCCUCCUCUCCAGCGGCAGUCCCGACCCCGGGGAGAGGCGCCUCCGCCACCACGCCCGCCCUCGAUGCCAGCCUGCUGCCCGGCGUCACGACGCCCCGGAACCCGCCACGAGAGGCCAGGGGCCCCGCUAGCCCGUCGGCCCCGGCCGUCCCGACUCCCGGAAACUACAGCGUCUCCAGGCAUGAUGGGAACGGAGCCGGCAAGUUGGACUCAGCCGUCGCGGCCGCCGUCACCGGGGCAGUGGUCCCCAUCGUGGGGAUUGCCCUGCUGUGUCUAGGGGGAUACCUCAUCUGGAGGAACUGGAAACGGAAGAACACCAAAAGCAUGAACUUCGACAACCCUGUGUACAGGAAGACCACAGAGGACGAGGAUGAGGACGAGAUCCACAUCGGCCAAGCCGCCCAGAUUGGACACGUCUAUCCCGCGAGAGUGGCUUUAAGCCUGGAAGACGACGGGCUCCCCUGAGAUCAGACCCGACCUCCGGCCCCGCGUGACGAUCGCCGGCGUCGAACGGACUUCGGACAGCUGGACGGGCACAGGGAGUUCCUUUCAGGGAUAUUCUGACAGGGGAACGCCUUGGGUUUUUUUUUUAAAUCGUUCCUGUCGCCGAAAGGGAACCACAGAGUCACGAUGAACCGCCCACAUCCAAAGGAUGGGAGAGUUGUGUACAUAUAAUAUUUUAUACGUGGUCGGCCUGGCCGCGGUGGCCCCGACGGACGACGGGUGAGGCCCAGAACGGGGGCGCGACACUGGGAACUCUUCAGAGUCACUUUGAGGCUUUUGUAAAUAAGGCGGGGAGGCUUUGUGGCUAGCCAACCCCUUAAGUUAAAAGAGAGAGAGACAGGCCCCUCUAAUACCCCCCCCACACCUUGUAAACUAUUUAUUAACAUGUUUCAGAUACCAAAUUGGCUUGUAAAUACAUUAGGGAGGUGAGAUUAUUUAUUCUGAGGUGUGUUGAGCUCUCUGGGCCUAGGCCUGUGGGUCUGAGAGGAGGACACCUUUGGAGAUCAAGAACAUUAAACAUGCUUUUCGGCGAUGCGGCCUUGUUGGCCGGGCAGAGGCACUUUAAGCCUACGGGGCGGUUGUUUCGGAAAUCGGAGGCCGGUCGCUGGGGCCUGUCCUCAUUUAACUCCUUCCGGGCCUCCUGAUGGUCGGCGAACUCUUCACGCGAGCGGCCCGACACCCGUCCCCGUAGGAGCGAACCGGUGGCUUUCCGAACUUUCUCCCCCGGCCCGCGAAAACCCCGGGUGCUCGACUCCCCGCUUAGUAACUCGGGGCCCCGGAGGCUCGACUGCCUUUCAAGAAAGAGUUAACCAGCGCUUUCCAAGGGCCCAGCUUUCCCAGCAGAAAACGGCCGGGUCUUGGAGAAUACAGCUCAGGAAAUGGCAUCCGGAGGUGGUGAGGCUGAGUUUUUAACUUUCCCUGGCCCUGUACUGGAGAAGGAAACAAUUCCAUUUAACAGGAGUGGGUCUUCUCACCUCACUAUGGCCCGAGGCAGGUGACAUGAUCAAACUCGGUAUCCUAUUUGAAAGGAAAGAGACCACCCUGACGCGGCUAUCCAUGGGGAUUGGUUUACUGCUUUGUACAUAAGCGACGGGACUCUGGAUUUGUAUAUUUGUAAAGAUGCACUUCUCCACGGAAGCACUCCGUGCUGCCCGCGGGCCGUGGGGUUUCUUUUCUCUUUGUGAGAGUCUUUAUUAAUUGAUAACUUCAUGACACCGACCCAAGGAAUUAAGUCCCUGCACCUUGCACCCCCCUCGAGGGGCCGGGGGUUGAACUUUUCUCUAACGCUUCCGCUGUUUCCCCCUAUCAGGGACUCACCCAACGGUUCACGGAGGAUUUGGGGGAGAGGGAAGGGCUCAGAGAGUAGAGCGACAGAGCGAGGACGCCCUGCUUUGAGGUACCCAGUCGUGACGGACCCAUCGUGGCCGACCGAGAGGGUCUCGGAGCGAGAUGCGAGCCCGCCCCAAAGCCGUCGGCUCUCGUAAGCCCACUUUCUCAACCAUGCCGGAGCGAGACGCUUCCUCCUUCUACUCCGUCUCUUGGUUUUUCACGUACCUAGAAUACUUUAGGACCCGGGCACUUGGCUUUCAGUGUCUCUAGGCCUUCUCCCCAGCACGAAGGCUACAUCUGCCUUUUGGUUUAGCUCGUUCAAGCAGCGGAAGAGGUACAAUAAAUAAGGGACUAAGAGGGGGAGCAUUUAAGGGAACAGAAUCGCCACCGUCUCCUAUGGAGUGUAUUUAUUUAAUGUUGUGCAUGCAACGAUGGAAAAAGAAAGGAGGGUGGGAGUGGUGAGGAGGGAAAUAAGAAGAUGGAAAACCAGCGGUUCUCUUCCAAACCAAUCAGUGGUAUUUAUUGUACUAAGCACUUGGGAGAGUUCCAUCCACCGAAGUUCACGGUCUAGGCGGGGAGACGGUCGUUAAUAUAAAUCAGUAAUUUAUAAUAUAUAAUUUAUAGCUGUGAACAAACAACUGGAUUUCUCUGUCAGCUGCUUCCCAAACUGUCCAGUUUUCCCCAGCGACGGCAAGGAAGUCGGGAGAGCGAAUACCAGCUCCAUUUCCCGAAUCUCAACUUUACCCCGUCCCCGGGUGGAAAGGCGGCAGAACGACUGAUCGGUCGUUGGGUGGAUGUCCCGGGACUUGGAAUAACUCUAGAAAUCAAAACUCACAUGAUCCAGUGCUGGGAAACGCAUUCCACAACAGCCCGCUCAGCUUGCUGUCCUGUUUGAGGACGGGGCCUUCGGAAGCAGGCAGACAAUUCCCUGGUUGGA